AUGUUACUAAUAACAGAUCCUCUUGAGUUGACUAAUUCUAAGCUCGAAUAGAUGGAAUUAAAAUUAACCUUUGAUGUCUAAUUUUUACUUGGUAUAGAUCUAAAUUUCAAUUCUCCAAAAAUUAAAUAGGCUAUGUUGAAUUUAAAUAUCAAAGAAGAUGAACUUAUUUAAAAAAAGUAUUCUACUUUCUAACUUACAGAAGAAGAGUCCAUCAUUACAGAACAAAGAUUUAUGUUGCAUUUACAUCAAGUGGCAUAAAAAAGGAAAUUUUUAAUCAAAGAAAGAAAUAAAAUUAAAAAAGAAGAAUUAGAGAGUUAAAAAUUAGAUUAAUAGAUGAUUAGAUAUUACACAUAAAAUGAUUCACUUAUUAAUUAAAAUAUUGAAAAUGCAAUUUCAUAAUUAGAUAAAAAGAUUGAAUUAUAAUAGCUUAAAAGAGAAAAGAAUGAAUUAAUGAUGAAAAAUAAAAUUAAAGAAUUAGUUGAAGAUGAAUUGAAAUAAAUUAAUGAAUAGAAAUUUAAAGAGGAAGAAAAAAAAAGGAUUGAUAAACUCAAACAAAAAUCUCUUAAAACUGUUAGUGAUCGGGCACAUCAUUUCAACUAAAAAACUGAAUUUAUUGCAAAAAAGCAUUAAGAAUAAAUAUUAGAAUAACAAGAAAAGGCAUUUUAAAAAAAGAGGGAAUAGUUAGAGUAAAAAUACUAAUUUACUUAGGUCAGAAGAAUAAAGAGGAUUUAGUCAAAGCAAAAUUAAGUAAAAAGAGAAAGAAUAAAAAGAUUUUAUAAAAUAAAAAUAGACUAAUGAUAGAAUUUAAUAGUUAAAAUAAUAAGAAAUAGAAUAAUGUAAUUAACUUUAUAAAAAAAUUGAAUAAAAAUUAAAUAAAUCUCAUGCCAAUCGAAUAGGUUAAUAGGAUAACUAUAAGGCUAAUAUUAUAUUAAACUAAUCACAGUUUAAAGUAGAAGAAACAUAAAAAUAUCUUGAAAAAUAUAUAGCAAAACAAAAUAGAUUCAGAAAAAACUCUUAAAAUUCCUUAACAUCCUAAACUUAAACUUCUAACUUGAAAAAACGAAAGAAUUUAAAAUAAUAAAUAGAAUAGCAAAAACCAGAUAAUUACUCUUCUUUAGAUGAAAAUGUUUAAGAUAAAAAGUUAAACAGAUUAUUGUAACCUCAAUUAAAUAAGAAUAAUAAAUCUAGAAGUUUAGUAAACUUAGAAAAAGUUAAAUUCUAAUAAUUAGAGAAAGUAAAUAAAGUUCUUGAAAAAUAAAGAUCUGGCAGUGUAGUUUAGAUUUAAAUUAAAGAAAAAAAGGAUAUUCUUAGGGAUGUAAGUAGAAGUAUUUUCUUAAAAAAAAGUUUAUAUCAGGAACUUUAAAAUGAUAUAACUAAAAUAAAAUAGAAUGUUUCAAAAGAUUAUCUUGUAAAGUAGAUAUCUAAAUUGGAUUGUUCUGAUUUAGUUUAGAAAUAUAUUAAAUGA